UCCUUGGUCCCCUGGGAGAAUCUUCCCUCGAACGAGAGUUAAAGCUAGCCAUCAUCACCAAUCCUCCAAAUCAUAUAUGAAACCGUUGGAAAAUAGACCUAGCCCAUCUUUUCUCUGGUCCUGUGGGGUUUAUUGCCCUGAUUCCCAUAUCUAAAACUUCAGACAGAAAUCUUAUUAACCACUUGCACCAACAAAUUGGUACCUAUUUACCAAUAAAACAGCCGGCUUUCUCUUCAGUCUACGUCGAGUUUUUCUUUCUUUCUUUUUUUCUAAAAAUCUUCUCCCUUCUUCUCAGCGACGAAACGCGCCUUCUCUCUCUGUCUGUGGAAUCUAAUUCCAUUGAUAAAAUGGCUUCUUCUACACAUAAUCCAUACUAUAAAUACCCCAAACAGCCUCCUUUGUCUGCUGGGCUUCUCUCUUACGAAGUUCGAACAGGGGAAGUAGGGGAAGCAGGGGAAACAGGGGAGUCUGGAAUAGAGGACUGCGAGGGAGAUGGGUAGCCUGGGCGAAGCUGGUGAAAAGGAGAUGUUUCCAAGCCCUCCAGAUCCUGUUAUGAUCGAACUCAAUCGAUUGGAGGACCAGCUUAGAGACAAGGAGAGGGAGUUGGGACUUGCCAACUAUGAAAUCAAGGCUUUGAAAGCGACGGAACUUAUGAAAGAUAAAGCUGUAGUGGAGCUUAAUAAUGAAUUGAAGAAAGUUGAUGACAAACUCAGAGCUGCCGAGAAGCAACUAGAACAGAAGAAUCUUGAGAUCAAGAGGCUAAUCAAUGAGAAAAAAGAAGCCUUGGCUGCACUGUUUGCUGCAGAGGCAGCUUUGAGAAGAGUUCAUGCAUGUCAAAAGGAUGAGGAAUACCUUCCAGUUGAGGCUGUGAUUGCCCCACUUGAGUCUGAUAUAAAAAAGUACAAGAAUAAGAUUACGAAACUUCAAGAGGAUAAAAAGGCUCUGGAACGGCUCAUAAAGUCUAAAGAGGCGGCUUUGAUUGAAGCAAAAAAUAUAUUGUGUAUUGCUCUUGAACGGGCACUGAUAGUAGAGACUGUGCAAAACAAGAACAUUGAAUUGAGGAGGCAAAUAGAGAUAUGCCAGGAAGAAAAUAAGCUUUUGGAGAAAACAAAUCGUCAGAAGAUUGUAGAAGUGGAAAAGCUUACUCAAACUAUUCAUGAACUUGAAGAAUAUAUUCUUGCAGGCGGUGCAGCUGCUAAUGCUGUGCGUGACUAUCAGCGGCAGGUUGCUGAAUUAUAUGAAGAGAAAAAAACUCUUGAGAGAGAGCUAGCAAGAGCUAAAGUUUCAGCAAAUCGGGUGGCAACUGUGGUCGCAAAUGAGUGGAAGGAUGGCAAUGGCAAAGUCAUGCCUGUCAAGCAAUGGCUGGAAGAGCGAAGAUUUUUGCAGGGAGAGAUGCAACGGUUGCGGGAUAAGGUAGCUGUAGCAGAAAGGACUGCCAAGGCAGAAGCCCAGCUUAAGGAUAAACUAAAUUUGAGGCUGAAGACAUUGGAAGAAGGUCUAAAGCAAGCACCAAGCUUAUCACCAAAGCAAGUUGAGAACUCCAAGAAAAAAUUUGGGUGCUCUUCAAAUGAGGAACCAGAAAAGAGACCAACAUUUCAUUCAAGGGCUUCUGUUUCUGCCUCUAGACUCUCAGUUUUACAACAGCCUAAUUCCGCAUCAGAAGGUGUUAUCACCAACAGAAAUAUCAAGCCAACAAAUAGCUUGAAAAACAAGUUUGCUAUUGGAGAAAAUCUGGUUAGAAAGAAUUUCUGGGCUCCAAAAAGCAAAGUUUUUGAUGAUGAUGGGAAGGAUAAUGCAGAAAGAAUUGCUAACGCUAAUGGUAAUAUAAGUGAUUCUAUUGAAGGAAAUACGGAGCCUUCACAAGAAGUUAAAGCCAAAGGUUGUGGUGACAUUGAGUUGCAAAACAAGGGUGGUUCAGAAGAUGACUGUGAUGUUACUGUGCAAAGAAAAAAAGUGGUUCCACAAGAAGUUACAGUCAAAGGAGUUGGUGACAUCAAGUCAAAAAAUAAGCGUGGUUCAGAAGAUGCCUAUGAAGAUAUGGUAUCAGGUUUUCUGUAUGACAGACUGCAAAAGGAAGUCAUCAACUUAAGAAAAUCACAUGAGGAGAAGGAUCAUAUGUUGAGUGCUAAGGAUGAUGAAAUCAAUUUGCUCCAGAAAAAAGUUGAUGCAGUAGCGGCGUCUAGAGAAAAGAAGAUGAGGAGAGUAGCGGCGUCUAGAGAAAAGGAAGUGUUGGUGAAGUCAGAGGAUACUAAACCAAGAAGCAAAACCCCAAUCAUCUCAAGAAGGUGCAUGGCUUGAUGUUUCAGACAAGCAUAAAGUAUAUGAUAUAUGAAGAUGUAAAGGUAUAUGGUUUUCCCAGAAAAAAAGCAUGUGCACUGGGAUAGAGGUCGUCUCGCAGUUUUUGGCAUAUAGAGAAUCCAACAACAGGUGCUGCGAAAAAUGGAAGGAGGAUACAACUUCUUUAUCAUGCAUGUAUGGUAUGAAUGGUUCCACAGGUAGGCUUCUGAUUAUUAUACUACUAUGUGAAAAAAAAAGACAGAGCCAGUCUUCUACAGGAUCUUGGGCAUGUAUAUAGAGCCCUCAACUUUGUAAAAUGUGAGCAUGAGAGAUAUUGUGAAAGUGUUAUUGUCAUGAUUAAAUCAUUAAAGAUUCCUGAUUCUUGUCCAUAUCAUGUGUUUGUGAGUGUUCUCCUGGCCCCCCCUAGUACUUUAAAAAGCAGUUGUCUUGGAACUCAUCUAGCAGUCAUACUAUUCUGUCAAAAGAAAAAAGAAAAAAGAAAAAAAAAAACUAACAGUCAUACUGCUCUUCUCUAUUGCAUUCUCUGGAUAAAUCGAGCUAAUAGAGCUGCUGGAUAUCAGAUAAUUAGAAAUGGCACAUGUUUGGCCGACUCUUAGGUACGUACUACCACUGCAAUAAGAUCAUAAUGGAAAAAGGUGUUGCUACAUUCAGCAAGUUCACUAAUCAUGGAAUUUGAGAAUGAAAGUGUACAAUCAUACGCCCUUCUAUUGUUUAUUAGAGAUAAAACAACGCACACGUUUGGUAUUAAGAUACACUAAAAA